AUCGAGUUCCAAACGAGCCAAGCACAGGAAGUGGUGUGGACGCGCGCAAACAUCGAGAAGGUCCGGCGGGACGAACGGGUGCACGAAGAGGCAGAGCACGCUGCCUUGCGCGAGAAGUACAAGCGGAGCCCCGACGUCCGGGUCGAGGCGCUCAAGAAGACCAAGCCGACGCCGCCGGCCAUCGACCUCUUUGCGUCCGACAUGAUCACGCCGCCGCCAGUCGCCAGCAUCGAGAACCUCCUUCGCAAGCUUGCCCUCCAGCAGAGCCAAGACGACAACGACGCCACCAAGGCACCACGUGCAGCGAACGCCGACACCAUGGCUGCGAUCGUGAGCCGACCCAAGGCGCUCUUGGUCGCCGCCAACAAUACGCGGGAAGCCGACGCACUUAACUUUGCCGGUAACACGACGAGCACGGAGCUCAAGAAGACAGCCAAGUCAUCGUCAUCUUCCUCCAGUCGCCUCGAACAGGCUUAA